AGAGGCCUCAUAGCAACUUCACCCCUUCCUACAUUACAGGAAAAAGGGUGAACCUGAGUAUGAUAUUGUGAUUGUUGGUGGAGGCAUAGUUGGGGCCGCAACUGCUCGUGAGUUAAUACUUCGGCACCCAAACCUUACAUUUGCAAUCUUGGAGAAGGAGAAAGACUAUGCCAUACAUCAAAGUGGGAAUAACAGCGGAGUCAUCCAUGCGGGGAUCUACUAUACCCCUGGAUCCUUGAAAGCCAAGUUGUGUGUGGAGGGCAUGCAUCUCAGCUACAAGUUCUGUGAUGAGCAUAAGGUUCCAUACAAGAAAGUUGGGAAGCUCAUUGUGGCACGCAAUUCUGUUGAAGUGAAACGGUUGCAUGAUCUCUUUGAGAGAGGCAAGAAGAACAAUGUACCAGAUAUGGAACUCAUUGAUGGAAGUAGGAUCAAAGAAUUUGAGCCUAACUGUGUUGGUGUCAAGGCUAUCUGGUCCCCUCACACUGGUAUUGUUGAUUGGGGACUUGUCACCAAACAUUAUGGGAAGCAUUUUGAACAGGCAGGUGGAAAAGUGCACUUCAAUUUUGAAGUAAAGGGCUUUCACAUUGCUUCAGAGAGUCAGGGAUCUUCAGCAUCACACCAUCCUGUUCGCAUAGUUGAUAAAAGGGGUCAGGCUGUGCGGUGCAGUUAUGUCCUGACCUGUGGAGGCCUUCAAUCUGACAGAUUGGCAGAAAUGUCUGGAUGCAGUAGGGAGCCUAGAAUUGUUCCAUUCCGUGGGGAAUAUCUUUUACUCAAACCAGAGAAGCAGAAUCUUGUUCGAGGAAACAUUUAUCCAGUGCCAGAUCCACGCUUCCCUUUCCUUGGAGUUCAUUUCACUCCGAGAAUGGAUGGAUCAGUUUGGCUUGGCCCUAAUGCAAUCCUAGCUUUCAAGCGAGAGGGAUACAGGUUAGUUGCACUAGUCAAAAGCUACCUCAACUGCUGGGGAGACAUUGAUGUUGGAGACCUUUGGGAUGCAAUUCGGUUUCGAGGCUUUCAAAAGCUUGCCUUCAAGUUCAUGGGCUUUGGAACAAAGGAGAUGAUUCGAUCUUGGUUUACUUCACUUCAAAUCAGUGAACUUAAGUCUUUUGUUCCACAACUUACUUCCUCUGAUGUUACAAGAGGUCCAGCAGGAGUAAGAGCACAGGCAAUGGAUGGGAAUGGGAACCUGGUGGAUGAUUUUGUUUUUGAUGUCUCAGAAAAGGCUGGAGAUGUGGGAAAGCGUGUGUUGCACUGCAGGAAUGCUCCUUCUCCUGCUGCUACUUCCUCUCUAGCCAUUGCAAAGAUGGUAGCAGACAAAGUUGAACAGCAGUUUCAACUCCAUUAGUUUCCCUAAAGUUGUUAAGCACUCUGAUGAGACAAGAAAGGGAUGUUGCUCUAUCAAUUGAGUGCAUGGAGGUUAUGCCUCAUCAUCUCAUGUUCAAGACUCUCGUGUGAACUCAUGCAAUCUGUUUUCAAAUUGCUUCAAUUCCAGCAAGAUUAGUCCUACUAUAAUAUGUAAAUUGAAAUCUGUGUAAUUGGUUUGGCUGCAUUUUAGUGACAGGAUACAAUUGGCUUAGAUUAGGUCUGACCUGUAUUGACAGCAUCAACCUUAUAUUUAUCUUGAAGUCCCUCAGGAGUGGCUUAACUCGUAGAGUUUUUGUUAGAGGGAAGAAAUUCCUCCAUACCAUAUCUCAUCCAAAUGUUCUAGUCAAACAAUUAACCCUUUUUGAGUUUGUGAUUAGUUCCAUAUCCCAUAAUGAAAACUUCACCUUGAAUUCUAUAUUCUCUGACCCUUGUGAUACCUGUGGCAUAUUGCCCUUAUAAUUUAAGUUUGUUGUUUGAUUUUCCAUCAAGGUCUUGGAUGAUGUAUAUGGUGCUACAAGUAUUUUUUUUUUUUAUCCUUGACCUUCAGAAUAUUAAGUAAUUAAUUUGUUAAUACAAUAUGGAUUAUUUGGGUUCAAGAGUAGUCCACUCCUCUUAGUUAUGUAUGGCAUGGUAUGUUUUGAACCUUGUCUUGUUUUUGUUCUUGAAUCUCAAUGGAAAGGUGAAUCAAAAUGGUCAGAGUACUCAGUGGUUUGUUUUCCAAGGGACUUGUGAAGAAGUUUGCCUUGUUAUGGUUACAGUAACCCAUCACUGUCUCUGACAAGUUACAAGAGUGUUGAAUAUGCCUCAC